CGGCACUGGGUCUGCGGCAGCCGGGAGAAGUCGUUGACGGGAGGUUGGGGAGCGGCGGCGGAUCAGAGUGGAUUUGGCAGCGAACAGAGUGUCGGAGAUAAAGCGUGUGUGAAGGUGAAGGAGGAGGGAGCUCGGUGUUCGGCAGCACAACACAACUUCCGCGACGAGAGCCGUCGGCGACGCGGCUUGGGAACGCCAUGGUGUCGUGGAUCAUCUCAAGGACGGUGGUCCUUGUGUUUGGAACCUUAUAUCCUGCUUAUUAUUCAUACAAAGCUGUAAAAACCAAAAACGUGAAGGAAUAUGUUCGUUGGAUGAUGUACUGGAUUGUUUUUGCCCUUUACACGAUACUUGAAACUUUUGCAGAUCUCACUAUUGCAUGGUUUCCACUGUACUAUGAACUUAAAGUUGCAUUUGUUAUUUGGUUAUUGUCUCCGUACACACGAGGCGCAGGAGUACUUUACAGAAAGUUUCUACAUCCUCUUCUUUCCUCCCGUGAGAGAGAGAUUGAUGAGUAUAUUAGUCAAGCUAAAGAUCGAAGCUAUGAUACAAUGGUGAAAUUUGGAAAGCAAGGUCUAAAUCUAGCUGCAACUGCUGCUGUGUCCGCUGCGGUAAAGAGUCAAGGUGCAAUUACUGAAAAGCUGAGGAGUUUAAGUAUGCAUGACUUGACAACCAUACAAGGUGAUGAACCAGUAGGACACCGUUCCUUAACUGGUGGUGCAGAUACCAGAAAGAAGGCUAAACAUUUGCCCAGAGAAGACUUCAACCAGCAUUUUAAUUAUGAUGAUGUGGAUAGUGAAGAUCGAUCAGAUGCCGAGCAGAACAGCGCUCAUUCUGAUGACGAGCUGUUCACACAAAAGCAUCUCCUACGAUCACAGAGCCUUAAGAUGAAACGAAAAGGUCAUCGUAAAGAGGUCCGGUAUGGAUCCCUGAAGUUGAGAUCCAAGAAGAGGGCGCAGUGCAGUUAUAUCACAGGAUAAAAUGAUUUGGAUAUUCCUGGUGUUCAUGACUUCAGCUGAAUAUGUGCUGUUGGAUUUAUAAUUUUUUUUAUUUCAAGAACGCUAAGAAAUGCUGGUCCCUAUAUAUAAUAUAUAUCUGACUUUGUCACCUUGACACAUCCUGCUGAGUUGGCCCAUGACUGAGACUGUAUUUAUCAUAACUGUCCUGUGGCAACGGGUGUUAAAAAUGACGUGUUAUACUGACUGAUAAUUUAGAAUCAUUAACAGGAAGAGCAAUCUUCUACAAAAUAUGUUGUUUCAAUUCGGCAGAAAGGUCAACAAUAGAUUUUGAAAAGAAGUGUUGAAGAGCUUGAAUUCUGAAGUGCCGAGAAGCUUGUGGAAACAUUGAAUCUGAGCUGUGGUUUAACCAAAAAAAAUCAACAAGAAUAUUUUUGUCAUGGAAGCGUGCACUUUCUUUCAAUACACUAAUGACCGCAUUUUCUGUGAUGAUUUGGGAACUGGGCUCGUUUGUAAAGUGUGUUUCGGUUAGAAUUCUUCAUAGUUAUGAGGAAUAUGUUAAAAGCAAUAUAAUUUAGUAUUUUGAAGGUCAAGUUUUUUUUUUAAUGUUAAUUGCAUGUUUUUAUAAAUUUUGUAUGUUAAUGGGUGACUUUUAGUAUUUUAUAUCUGUCAGUGUGAGUUGUAAAUCUUCCAACUUUCUACCUUUUAAAAACAAAUUGAAUAUACUGAGCACAUUUUGUAGCUAGAACCAGGUAUAAUUGACUUGUGAAUUCUAUUAUGUUGGUGUCCUUGGUGUUCAGAUAUCCAGAUGUGUUGGUAUGUGAUAUUUACCUAGUUCUCAAACUUUAACAGACAUUUUUAACAGACAUUUUGUACCUUUAUUUUGAUAUGUAGAAUGCAGCAGAGCUGCAAUAUGCAGUGCCCUACAUAAUGUUUGGGACAAAAACCAUCAUUUAUUUAUUUGCCUCUGUACUCCACAAUUUGAGAUUUGUAAUAGAAAAAAAAAUCACAUGUGGUUAAAGUACACAUUGUCAGAAUUUAAUAAAGGCCAUUUUUAUACAUUUUGGCUUCACUAUGUAGAAAUUACAGCAGUGUUUAUACAUAGCCCCCCCCCCCCCAUUUCAGGGCGCACCAUAAUGUUUGGGACACAGCAAUGUCAUGAAAAUGAAAGUAGUCUUGUUUAGUAUUUUGUUGCAUAUCUUUUGCGUGCAAUGACUGCUUGAAGUCUGCGAUUCAUGGACAUCACCAGUUGCUGGGUGUCUUCUCUGCUGAUACUCUGCCAGGCCUGUGUUGCAGCCACCUUUGCUUGUUUUGAGGGCUAGUCCCCUUCAGUUUACUCUUCAGCAUAUAAAAGGCAUGCUCAAUUGGGUUCAGAUUGGGUGAUUGACUCAAGAAUUGACCAUUUUCUAGCUUUGAAAAACUUCUUUGUUGCCUUAGCAAUAUGGUUGGGAUCACUGUCUUGCUGUAGAAUGAACCAUCAGCCAAUGAGUGUUGAGGCAUUUGUUUGAACUUGCGCAGAUAGGAUGUGUCUAUACACUUCAGAAUUAAUUAUGCUACUACCAUCAGCAGUUGUAUCAUCAAUGAAGAUAAGUGAGCCAGCAUCUUCAGCAGCCGUGCAUGUCCAGGCCAUAACACCCCCACCACCGUGUUUCAGAGAUGUGGUAUGCUUUGGAUCUUGGGCAGUUCCUUCUCUCCUCCAUACAUUGCUCUUGUCAUCACUCUGACAUAAGUGAAUCGUCGUCUCAUCUGUCCACAAGACCUUUUUCCAGAACUGUGGUUACUCAUUUAAGUACUUCUUGGCAAACUAUAACCCGGUUAUCCUAAUUUUGUGGCUAACCAGUGGUUUGCAUCUUCCAGUGUAGCCUCUGUAUUUCUGUUCAUGAAGUCUUCUGUGGACAGUGGUCAUUGACAAAUCCACACCCGACUCCUGAAGAGUGUUUCUGAUCUGUCGGACAGGUGUUUGUUUUUUUCCCCUUUAUUAUAGAAUGAAUUCUUCUGUCAUCAGCUGUGGAGGUCUUCCUUGGCUCACCAGUGCUCUCUUUCUUCUUAAUGAUGUUCCAGACAGUUGAUUUUGGUAAGCCUAAGGUUUGGCUGAUGUCUCUAACAGUUUUAUUCAUGUUUAUCAGUCUCAUAAUGGCUUCUUUGACUUUCAUUGGCACAACUUUGGUCCUCGUGUUGAAAGAGUGGAGGAAAGACUAGGUGCUGAGAGCUCUUAUACCUGCAUUAAGGAGGCAAUUAAACACACCUGAGCAAUUACAAUUACCAAAAUGUAUAAAAAUAGCCUUUAAUAAAAUCUGACAAUGUGCACUUUAACCACAUGUGAUUUUUUUUUUUUUUUUUUUUUUGCUAUUACAAAUCUCAAAUUGUGGAGUUCAGACAAAUAAAUAAAUGAUGGGUCUUUGUCCCAAACAUUAUGGAGGGCAUUGUGCGUACAACUUCAAGCUUUUAUUGUAAUAAAUUUUGUUCUGAGUUA